AUGGAUCCUCCCGACCCUCUACCGCUCCGUAUAACGAGGAGCGCCUCCUCGUCCUCGUCUCUCCAUUUCAAGCCGCGCGACCGAAAACUCCAUUUACUGGUCGCCGCGACCGGCCCCCGCGACAUAUCAUGGGCUCAGGCUCUCGUCGUCCGUCUCUCAAAGAGCUCCGCUAUCGAGAUGCGCGCCAUCGUCGACGAUGCCGUUCCCCGACUAAGCCAGACCGUCAUCACCUUGCAGAACCGCUCCAUGAGCCCCCCUCUCCCUCCUGCGCGCGCCGCUGCCGAUGCAGACCUUGAUGAUAUCGAGUUUUAUCGCCAGCAAGCAUUCGAACUCGUCGAAUGGGCCGAUCUCAUGGUCCUCGCCCCCAUCGAUGCCGAUAAUAUAGCCAAGAUGAUGGUGGGCAUCGCGGAUACCUUCCUUCUUGAGGUGCUUAGGGGCUGGGAUACCGCAAAAAAGAUACUUUUGGUGCCCGGUAUGAGCACGCACAUGUGGGAAAACCCCGUCACGAAACGGCAACUCAACAAGAUCAACAGCAAGUGGACUUGGAUACGCGCCAUGUCCCCGAUCCUCUGGCACUACGAUGGCUCUCACAAGAACCCAAAGCGAAUCGUCAACUGGAACGGGUUCAACGAUGUCUUGGGCAUUAUCAAAAAUCAGGCCGAUCUUCUCGGCCUCGGUCGGGACGUUGAUGUCGUGACACAUCUUGGUUACCUUGCCUCCGGAGACCCCCGUGUCUACUCGAACUUGCCACCUGAGAUUUGGACCAUUAUACUCGACUACGCUGGUGACUGGGAGCUCUCACAAGCCCUGGGCAUCUUCACCAACCUGCCCAUGCCGCACCCAUGGACGCUUCAACCCAAAGACCCUCGCGACCCAAUCAAGGUUUACGAACAUGAGCUGGAAUGGCUGGUCCUCACCUGCGAUACGACCGCAAUCUGCAAAAAGCUUUUGCAAUCGCCGCCUAGCUUACACGAUUUACCUGCCCUUGUUGUCGGGCUUCUUAUCAAAUUCUCACUCAUUGACGUGCUCAAGUGGAUGGAAGCCAAUCGCCCUGACCUUUUCAAACACGCCUUUGAUGGCAAGGUUCUUCCUACCAAGGCUUCGGCUUAUUUUGGCCGACCAGAUGUCUUGGACUACUGGAAGGAGAGCAAAUAUUUCCGUGGGAAGCACCAGCAAUCGUACGAUGCCGAGGCGGUUGAUGGUGCGUCCAAAAACGGCUACAUUCAGGUCCUUGACUGGUGGUGGCGUCACUCUGGCUUGCCGCUCCGCUUCACCGAGGCGGCUCUGGAGCAGGCUAGUGGAAAGGGACAUUUGUUAGUGUUGGAAUGGUGGCGAGAUGCGGCUGCCCAGGAUGAACGCAUCGUUUUGCGUCCCGGCAAGUCUCUGCUGUGGGCUGCUCAACACGGCCAAGUUGACGUCAUCCGUUGGUGGAUGGCCUCUGGUAUACCCGUCGCCCACGGUGACGGUGUAGCCAAGGUGGCUUCUCGAUGGGGCCAGGUGGGCGUCCUGGAACUCUGGAGGAAGCUCAAGGGCGACGACAAGGUUGCUUUUGACGGUGAGGUACUCGUCCAACCGACGAUUCACCAGCAUAUCGGAGUGCUGGAGUGGUGGCGCAAGUUUGCAUACGGCGAGCUUGACGGUAUGGAAGGACGGAAACACCGUGUUGAAUACAGGACAUGCGAUAUUGAAGAAGCAUUGGAGGAUAGCAUCGGCGACCAGGAGCCGGUGCGCAAGUGGUGGGCCAACAACGGCCUCAACCUUGGGCUCCGCAACGUCGAAUGGAUGCGGGCCAGAUGUUUGUAG